CAACGAUUUCUUGUCCUAAUUUUACGUCUAGGUAUCUCAAGUGUUAACUCAUCGAUAAUAUCAUCAUCAUCAACUAAUAUCAACAAAAUGGGAUUGACUACCAGUUCCGAUCGCCGUAGUGCUCCUGCUCAAGAGUUGAACAGGAGCGACGAGCGAUUACAUUUGAUGGCAUUUUGUUUCAUCUGUGGAUGGCCACAGUUCCUGGUCUGGCUGACAAAAGACCAAGCCCGUAGAGGUUUUGCGCAUCAUGGUUGCUGUGCCAGACCGACAGAACCGCGAGACAACCCAAUGUCUCAUGAUAACGUCGGUGGUCGAUCGGCUCCCAGUCCCGCAGCCUUUACGGAUUGCGGUUCGCAAACGAACCCCGUGUCCGUCACCAUUCCAGCGGCAAACCACGACUUCGCGUGCGGAAACUCCUGCGUUACGUUCGUUGACGUGUUCACCCAAACUUACCCGUCCGCCGGGGAAGUCGCAUCCCACGUCAACGAAUCUAAUGAGGAGACGCAUUCCGCAUCGAUACAUUUAGACGACGAAGACGAAAUCGUUCCGUACGUUCUUCCUAAAAUGGAAGAAAAUCGUGCAAAAGAAUUGAACGUUACCUACAAAUUGUGGGAAAAUCGGUUUUCACAAUUUUCAAAAUUUAACGACGGUAUCAUAGCAGACCCAGUAACUCUUUACUCCGGGCCUCCAGAAGUUUUGGCAAAACUUAUGGCUUCCCGGUGUAAGUCACUGGGUACUGUCAUAGACCCGUUUUGCGGUUCCGGUGCGAUCGCGAUCCAACUGGCCAUGGUUUGUCGCAAAGUCAUUGCGAUGGACAGUGACCCGGUCAAAAUCGCGUUCGCCCGAAACAACGCUUGUAUCUAUGGGGUCGAGGACCGAAUCAUUUUCCUAGUGGGUGACUUCUUUGAAAAUGCACACUCGCUGCAGAAG